AUGUGUGGCAUUCUCGGAUGUAUCCACCACCCAGACGCUCCGGCGUAUCGCGGCAAGAUGCUCAACAUGUCGCGCUGCAUUCGUCACCGUGGCCCCGACUGGUCCGGCUGUGUCGUUACCCAGGAGGAGGGAUCCAAGGGUUCCAUCCUCUGCCACGAGCGUCUGGCCAUUGUAGGUAUCUCAACAGGCGCCCAGCCUCUCGUUUCCACCGAUGGCAAGCUCAUCCUCGCUGUCAACGGUGAGAUCUACAACCAUCGACAGCUGCGCAAGAACUUGAAGGAUCAGAACGCCGAAUUCAAGACAGAAUCCGAUUGCGAGGUCAUUCUGCAUCUCUACCGCGAGCACGGCUCCGACUUUGUCAAGAUGCUCGACGGCAUGUUCUCUUUCAUUCUGCUCGACACCACCACCACUCCACACCGAGUCAUUGCUGCUCGUGACCCCAUCGGUAUCACCACAUUGUACCAGGGUGCUUCCUACAAGUACCCUGGCGCAAUCUACUUUUCCUCCGAGCUCAAGGCUAUCCACGAAGAAUGCGACCGCAUCCGUUCCUUCCCUCCCGGCCACUUUUACGACUCGUCCCUGCCCGAAGGAAAAGAGACUGUUCGCUACUACACGCCCAGCUGGCUCGACGGCGAUGCUGAGGGUGCCACAAUCCCCACCAACCCCACCGAUCUCAAGCAGAUCCGUGAGGCGCUCGAAAAGGCUGUCCGCAAGCGUCUCAUGUCCGAAGUGCCUUAUGGUGUGCUUUUGUCAGGUGGUCUCGACUCGUCGCUCAUCGCUUCGAUCGCAGCGAGAGAGACGGACAAGAUGGCCGACCUUCAACGCAAGCAGUGGGAGGAGCGACAGGCUCGACGUUCUCGUGGUCUCACUACGCCAGCUGGCGAUGCUAACGGCGCCAAGCUCCCCGUGGGCCUUGACGAGGAUGCCGACAACGAGGUCGAGAACCUCGCCGCAUGGCCACGACUCCACUCGUUCUCUAUUGGUCUGCCUGGUUCGCCCGACUUGAUCGCGGCACGCAAAGCCGCCCAGUUCCUCGGCACUGUGCACCACGAGUACACGUUUACCGUUCAGGAGGGUUUGGACGCCAUCGCCGACGUGAUUUUCCACCUCGAGACGUACGAUGUCACCACGGUGCGUGCGUCGACACCCAUGUAUCUGCUCUCGCGCAAGAUCAAGGCGAUGGGCGUCAAGAUGGUGCUCUCCGGUGAAGGAUCCGACGAGAUUUUCGGUGGCUACCUCUACUUCCACGCUGCUCCUGAUAAGACUUCGUUCCAUCAGGAGUGUGUGCGCCGUGUCAAGAACCUGCACACCGCCGACUGUCUUCGUGCCAACAAGAGUACCAUGGCUUGGGGACUCGAGGCGCGUGUGCCAUUCCUCGACAAGGCGUUCCUGGAUGUGGCCAUGAACACGGAUGCUGCAGACAAGAUGUUUAGCAAGGGCUCACUCCAGCAGGUGGAUGCUGAUGGUCGUCCGCGCAUGGAAAAGUACAUUUUGCGAAAGGCAUUUGAUGUGAUUCCGGACGACAUUGAAGCUGGUGGUGACGGAAGUGGCAGUAUGCUCUCGGCGUCGGCGCCUCGUAAGCCGUACUUGCCCGAGGACAUUCUGUGGCGUCAGAAGGAGCAAUUCUCGGAUGGUGUGGGUUACUCGUGGAUUGACGGCAUUAAGGACCAUGCCGAAAAGACUGUCUCGGAUGAAAAAUUCCAGGAACGAGCAAAGAGGUAUCCUAACGAUACCCCGGAUACUAAGGAGGCCUAUAUGAUCCGCGAGAUUUUCGAGAGUUGGUUCCCAUCCGAGGCGGCAGCUUCCACAGCCGUCCGUUGGAUCCCUAGAGCCGAUUGGGGCUGUGCCGCCGACCCUUCCGGUCGUGCCGUCAACAUCCACGAGUCUGCCUACUCUACCGAGUAA